CCUGGAUCUCAUGGAUGUGUGUGUUUCAUGGCUGUGACACCGGAGAUUGCGGUCCUUGAAAACUUCUGAACGCUGUUGAGAGAAGACCGUCCUCACUUAUCUUGACCCUGGUCGCCUUAACGAAUUGCAGCCUCGUAGAGAGGCAAUUUUCUGAUGAUGGAGAAUGGACAGGGCACAGGCUCCAAGCUUGGCCUGCCGCCUCUCACUCCAGAGCAGCAGGAGGCGCUGCAGAGGGCAAAGAAAUAUGCUAUGGAGCAGAGCAUUAAGAGUGUGCUGGUGAAACAGACCAUAGCCCACCAGCAACAACAGCUCACCAACUUGCAGAUGGCAGCAGUGACAAUCGGCUUUGGAGAUCCUCUCUCACCUUUACAAUCGGUGGCAGCACAGAGGCAGCGGGCAUUAGCCAUCAUGUGUCGGGUGUAUGUGGGCUCCAUCUACUACGAGCUGGGGGAGGACACCAUCCGUCAGGCCUUCGCCCCCUUCGGCCCCAUCAAGAGUAUUGACAUGUCUUGGGACUCGGUCACCAUGAAACACAAGGGUUUUGCCUUUGUGGAGUAUGAGGUUCCAGAGGCCGCCCAGCUGGCAUUGGAGCAGAUGAACUCGGUCAUGUUGGGUGGGAGGAACAUCAAGGUGGGGCGGCCAGGUAACAUUGGUCAGGCGCAGCCCAUCAUCGAUCAACUGGCUGAGGAGGCGCGCGCCUACAACCGGAUCUACGUGUCCUCUGUGCACCCCGACCUGUCCGACGAGGACAUCAAGAGCGUCUUCGAGGCGUUCGGGAAGAUCAAAGGCUGCGCGCUGGCGCGGGACCCCACCACCGGCAGGCACAAAGGCUACUGCUUCAUCGAGUACGAGAAGCCUCAGUCAGCGCUGGACGCGGUCUCCUCCAUGAACUUGUUUGACCUGGGAGGUCAAUACCUGCGGGUGGGAAAAGCCGUGACUCCUCCCAUGCCCUUGUUGACCCCGACGACCCCUGGGGGUCUGCCCCCUGCCGCUGCCGUGGCUGCAGCAGCGGCCACAGCCAAAAUCACUGCUCAGGAGGCGGUAGCAGGAGCAUCGGUCCUGGGCUCCUUGGCAUCACCGGCUCACCUCCUCAGCCAGCAGAUGGGCCUCCCACAAGCUGUACUGGCAGCGCAAGCACCCGGACUCAUCACAGGUGUAACUCCAGUCCGGCCGACUUUACCCGUUGUUCCCCAGGUGGGCCUGGUCAACCCCGUGCUCGCCUCCCCGCCCGUCACGACGGCAGUGGUUUCCAUGGGAACGCCUACAGCGACAGCUCCGUCAGCGGAGGUGAAGAAAGAGGAGGAACAGCCGCAACAGCAGCAGAGCGAGGGGGAGCAGACUCAGUCUGACGGAGCAGGACAGGAGAGCCUGAGUGAGCAGGAGCAGCUGAGCAUUAGUGGGAGCAGCGGCAGACACAUGGUCAUGCAGAAGCUCCUCCGGACUCCAGAGUCCACGGUGAUGGUUUUGCGGAACAUGGUCGGCCCAGAUGACAUCGACGACGACCUGGAAGGGGAAGUGACGGAGGAGUGUGGAAAAUUUGGCGCUGUCAACCGCGUCAUCAUCUACCAAGAACGCCAGGGCGAGGAGGAAGACGCAGAAAUCAUUGUCAAGAUCUUCGUGGAGUUUUCCGGCACGGAGGAAAUGAACAAGGCCAUCCAGGCCCUUAACAACCGCUGGUUCGCAGGUCGGAAGGUCGUGGCAGAGGUGUACGACCAAGAGAGGUUCAACAACAGCGACCUCUCCGCCUGAGACUGCCCCGAAAUGGCCGAUGGCUCUUUCUCUUGCUCUCUCUCUUUUUCUUUCUCUCUCUCUCUCUCUCUCUCUCUCCGUCUCUCUCUCUCUCUCACUCACUCAUGCCUGGCCUCGAUGCUCAAACUCACUCAGCGUCCAUCACUGCUGCUAGAGAUUUGGGCCUGUUUUAAACUUGUAAUUAUUUUUUUAUUGAUGUUGAUGAUAAUAUUAUUAUUAUUAUUGAAAAAAAAAAAUCCCUUUGGAGGGAUUUGGCUUAA